GCAGUUGCCGUGCACGAAAAGUGCAAACAACAACAUAAGCGCGUCUGUGUUUGCCGUUCGCGGGUGGGCGGAGAGUAGUGCGAAACAGCCGAACCGGUGCCGGACGACCGCAAAGUGCGUUGACGACAGGCGUCGAGAGCAGUCGAAAACCACCGCCACCGUUACACAAAGUGAGAGAGAGAACCGAUGUCGAACGCCGGGAACGUGCUACUGGUGUUGGCCGCGGCCACUGCGGCCAUGGUGGCCGCGAAACCGUUGGUGUACCGCAGCAACCUCAGCGAGCUGGAGUUCAUACAGCUGGUGCUGAUGAACGAACGGUACUGGACGCCGGUGCUGGCGGAACGGGUGAAGAAUCUGGACCAGCCGCCGUACCAGAACGCGCGGUUCCGGAACCAGCUGAUAUCGGAGGAGUACCUUGUGGAGGACAUGGGGUACGACGUGCGGUCCGUGGUGAUGCGGGUGCUGGAGGAGUUCACGGGGAUCCGGUCGUUCGUCGAUUACGCGGCCAGCGUGCUGCACACGGCGCUCAUGUGCCACUCGGCGCGGCACCUAGCGUUCCAGACGUACUACGUGGCACUGCUGAUGAUCAAGAACGCGGGUGCCGGUCUCGUGGCGCAGGAGGCCGGUCGGCUGCGUGAGACGGUCACCAUGAUGCUGGACAAGCUGGCCGUGUACUCGGCCGACAUUCCCGAGGUGUUCAACACGUACUGGGAGGCGGUGCGGGUGAUCCAGUCGAACGCGCCGCGGCACGUGCGCGAAAGCCGGUACCCGCGCGGCGUCGAGGACCGCGUGUGGAGGGUGUUCGACGUGCUCCACAGCUUCCUGGAGGAGAACUGCGAGCCGUUCUCGUGGGACAGGCGGUUCUUCGACGCGUGCCACAUACCGGUGACGGACGACAAGGUGUUCGACAAGGUGCUGAUCGCGGACGUGAGCGUGGCCGCCCUCAGGGAGAUGGGGAGCGCGCACGUGACCCACGUGACCACGUACUUCCAGCGACUGGGCCUGGAGACGUUGCCCGUGACCCUGUGGCAACAGGUGUUCUACUACGCCGAUAAGCGGACGGCCACCGUCCACCAGCCGAACGAGACCAACGUACGCAUCACCGCCGCCGUCAACCAACCGUCGCCCUGACCGCGCCGACGUGUCUGCUAUUUUGUUACCGUUACACGGGUGCUUUCUUUCAAAACACCUUCUUGUUUUACAUUGUACAAUGCGUUUGAAUAAAUACUGUUGUCACUAUUA